AGGGAGUGCAUUUCUGUCCACAUUGGCCAAGCAGGAGUCCAGAUGGGCAACGCAUGCUGGGAGUUGUAUUGUCUGGAGCAUGGUUUCCAGCCAGAUGGGACCAUCCAUGAAAACGCUGCUCCUCAAUUGACUAACUCAUCGUUUGGCACCUUCUUCAGUGAGACUGGGGCCGGGAAAUAUGUUCCCAGGGCCAUCUUCUUAGAUCUGGAGCCUACUGUUGUGGGUGAGGAAUAGCAAGCUGCUUGUAUAGAGGUGAUGGUCUGCCCUAGCCUGGUCCCAGAUCUGUUUGUGGUUUUACCAACUCCUAUGACCUUAGGAGUUGGCUAGACUGCACACAGAUCUGGGACCUGGCUCUGUCCGCCCCAAAUGGCAAACAGUUCAUGGUAUGCGUUUUGUAAUGAUUCAGUGUUUGUAGCAGUUGACGCUGUUCUAUCCUCCUAUGUGCUAUUGCAUUGCUUUUUUAUAUUGUGUUCCUAUGUGUAUGUCGACAAUUUGUUGUAGAUGAGAUCAGGAAUGGCCACUACCGUCAGCUUUAUCACCCUGAACAACUCAUCAGUGGCAAGGAGGAUGCUGCCAAUAACUACGCCCGUGGCCAUUACACCAUCGGCAAGGAGAUUGUGGACUCCGUCAUGGACAGGAUGCGUAAAAUGGUGAGCGGCUCUGAAUGUUUAAAGGGCCGCUGGGAUAUUUACCAGCCGUUUUUAGAUCAUUUUAAAUUGAUAUACCCAUUGACUGGUUCGCUUGGCUCAACUAAUAAGUCCAUCAUAACCCCAAAAAUAUAAUUACUGUUGAAUGUUUAGUUUCAAAUCUCUCAAAGUACCAACAUUGGGUGAAUUACUAAUGCUAGUCUUCUGUCUUCAGGCUGAUCAAUGCACUGGACUACAAGGGUUCCUCAUCUUCCAUAGCUUUGGAGGAGGGACCGGCUCUGGCUUUGGUGCCCUGUUGAUGGAACGCCUGUCGGUGGAUUACGGCAAGAAGUCCAAACUAGAGUUCUCAGUCUACCCUGCUCCCCAGGUGUCCACAGCAGUGGUGGAGCCCUACAACUCCAUCCUGACCACCCACACCACCCUGGAGCACUCUGACUGCUCUUUCAUGGUGGACAACGAGGCCAUCUUUGACAUCUGCAAGCGUAACCUGGGAGUGGAGCGGCCGUCUUACACCAACCUGAACCGCCUCAUUGCCCAGAUCGUCUCCUCCAUCACAGCCUCCCUGCGCUUUGAUGGCGCGCUCAAUGUAGACCUGACAGAGUUCCAGACCAACCUUGUGCCUUACCCCCGUAUCCACUUCCCCCUGGUCACCUAUGCCCCCAUCAUCUCAGCAGAAAAGGCCUACCAUGAGCAGCUCUCUGUCCCUGAGAUCACCAACGCCUGCUUUGAGCCGGCUAACCAGAUGGUGAAGUGUGAUCCCAGACGUGGCAAGUACAUGGCCUGCUGCUUGCUGUACCGUGGCGACGUGGUUCCCAAAGACGUCAACGCAGCCAUCGCCAGCAUCAAGACCCGGCGCAGCAUCCAGUUUGUGGACUGGUGUCCCACUGGGUUCAAGGUGGGGAUCAACUACCAGCCCCCUACGGUGGUUCCUGGAGGAGACCAGGCCAAGGUCCAGAGGGCUGUGUGCAUGCUGAGCAACACCACAGCCAUCGCUGAGGCUUGGAGUCGUCUGGACCACAAGUUUGACCUGAUGUACGCCAAGCGGGCCUUUGUGCACUGGUACGUGGGUGAGGGCAUGGAGGAGGGAGAGUUCUCGGAGGCCAGAGAAGACAUGGCUGCUCUGGAGAAGGAUUACGAGGAGGUGGGGACGGACUCUGGGGACGCCUGUGAGAAUGAGGAAUACACAAUCCUAGAGUAA